UUUCUUUGAAAGCAUUUUAAAGGUUAUGCUAAUAAAAUAAAAUUAGUUUGAAAAAUACAAAAAAUUAGAUAAAGCAGCAAAUACUGCUUACUUUACCAAAAUAUUUCUUUUGAAUUUGUAUGAGAUGAGAAAGUCACCAACAAGAAAUGCAUUACUUAAUAGACUUCAUAAAGGAGUUGUGGUUAUAUGUGUUGCAGUUACAUUAUAUGGAACAGGUUACUUAGCGAUGCGAGGCUACAGAUAUUUAACAGUAAUUCGACCAGAAAUAAAGAAAAAGCAAUUAGCUGAAAAUCAACUUCUCUUAGCAGAAGGUUCUCAUGAAAACUUGAAGGAUAAUGCUUCAGUUAUUAGUACAUAGACUUAAGUGUAAACAGCUGUCAAGUGUAGAUUUAAUAAAUAAAUAAUAUUAUUAAAAUUAA